UUGAGUGUAAUCUUUAUACGCGAGUGAACAGUUAUCAAGGUGUUUAAAAAUGGAGCUGCAUAGAGUUGAUUACACGAUUUUGGGAUUAACUUCGAAAAAAUGCAUGAAACUGUUACCAUCAACUGGGACAAAAUUCACUCAAAAAGUUGUAGUUGGGGAUCAGGAAGGUAUCACUCAGAUAUUUUUCGUCAAAAAAGGAGAAAUACAAAUCACUUUCAAAAGCUUGCCAAGUGCUCCUGUAUCGAAUAUCGUCUUGGGAGGAUCAAUGGGAACGACUCAAGAUAAAAUAUUUGUUUCUUCGGAUAAUAUUGUUCGUGGAUUUACUAAAAAAGGGAAAAUAUUUCUAAAUUUUGAAACUCAGCUAUUGGAAAAUAUCAAAUGCAUGUACGUUUGUGGAAAUGAUUUAAUCGUUUCAGGAGUUCAUAAUUAUCAUCAUUAUCACGACUGCAAAUUGGUGGAUUCUUACACAUGCAGUGACAUCAUCAACGACAUUAUUACGUUGAACGUGGCAAAGGUGAGACGGUUAACAGCUGUGCUAGCCUGCGCCGAUCAAAUUCUGAGAGUACUAGAUGGAUCUGUUGUGACUCAAUCUUUAGCCCUGCCAAAUAGUCCUACAGCUUUGCAUUUAAUGAACGGAGAUGGAGGUAGUACAGGUGAUCAUGUAUUGGUAGGAAUGCAAGAAGGACAAAUUUAUCUCGUUCAAAUCACAAGGUCGAAUUCAACGAUCAUUAAAUGGAUCUUGGAGAAUGAAAAUCGUAAAUCUGAAGUCACUUGUAUGACUAGCUUUGAUUUGAUGAAAACUGGUAUUCCUGAUAUCAUUAUUGGAAGACACGAUGGCAACAUAGAAGUGUACACAAUGAUUCAACACGAUGAAGUAACAAAUGAAUUCAAACCUCCAGUGGAGAAAUUUUGUUAUAGUGGAAACGAAAGUAUAACAUCAAUACAAGGUGGCUACGUUGGUAAUGUGAAUUUUGAAGAAAUUAUAGUGACAACUUACACAGGAUGGUUAUUUGGAUUGACCACAGAAGUACCAGAAAAACAGGUUACAAACGAUGCAAACGAUUUAAAUUACGGGUUCUCAAGGGAAGAAAAACAAAAAAUCCUCAAACUCAAGUCUGAAAUAGAAGAUCUUGAAGUGAGAAUCACCAAAGAGCGAGAAAAAUAUCUGGCAUUUACUCAAGAAGAUUCCGCAGCUAUUUCCAGACUACCUUAUCUCACCAUUAAUGAUAAAAUGAUGUUGCAAAAAGAUGAUGCUACCUAUUUCGUCAUGUUGGAAAGUGAAACCAACAUUGAUAAUAUUCUCAUCCAAUGCGAUAUUCCUAUUAAACUUUUAGACGUUGACAAAAAUUCAGCAGUUGUCAGCUACAGUAAAUGUGAUCCUGAAAGCGGAAAUUCCGUAUUGGCAACUUACCGAUGUCAAUUAAACACCGUACGUUUGGAAUUGAAAUUUUACGUCGACGAAGGCCAAAAGGGCACUUUACAAGCAUACGUUACUCCGCUAACACAACCGAAAUGCUGCCAAGUCAGGAAAUUUCCUAUUAAACCUUUAGCUUUGCAUUGCAGAGUGCAUACGACUGAGACUGAAAGAUUUUAUAAUUCACUGCAGUUGAAAGGCACAUUUAGCGUAGCAGAAAUGCAUACAUGGGUCACACAGUGUUUACCAGAAUUGCCUGAAAAACCACCAGAUGAAGAAAAAAUUACGUACACUUUCAAGUCAGCUUUGGUUGACACGGUUUUAGAAUGUGUUUAUUCACGAGGAGAAGCCGAAUUCAAAUCCGAUAAUAUUUCCACCAUUUCCAUUCUGAGAGACAUUUUAUCGAAAGAAGCCACGAAGAAGAAAAUCAAAUUGGAUAUUUCGUCCACUACAAAUGAGCAAAGUAUAAUCACAACUCUUCAAUCUUUGAAUAUAAAAUUAGAAAAAUAUUAUAAAUUACACCAACAAACGAUGCUCUUGGAUGCUUUAAAAGAUAUAGACGCUGCUCAAACAGAGCCAUUGCAGAAUAAUUUGAUUCCAGAAUACAAAGAUAUUUUAGAAAAAGAGAAAGACAUUCAGGCUCAAUUGAAACAACGACCAUUUUACCUCGAAAGACUUCAAAGCGCAGUAUUAAAUCUAUUUUUGGAUUGGCAUAAAUUUAAAGGGAUAAACAUAAAACCCAAAUUAGCAGCGUUCAACAACACAUUGAAAAAUAAGUACAGUUACCAAGAAAUAUGUUCCUAUUUUUCAUUAUAACUUAAUAAUAAACUUAUACAUUUAUAA